UUUUUUUUAAAUACACCAGACAAUAAAUUAUAUGUAACUCAGAGCUAUGAUAAAUUUGUAUUAUAUUGAAUAAUAAUGUCCUAUAGUUUUGUCAGAAAUAGGAACGUCUACGUAACUGUACCGUUCCUAUAAUUAAACCACCAGUGUGUAGACCGUCGUGGUUUUAGAGCUGUAAUGUCGGUGUUUUACAGUAGUGAUAUUGUUAGCCCCAUUACUUUACACGUUGAUUUUUUGUUCCAUAUAAAAAUUGAAAAAUUAAUAAAAUAUUUAUUACAAACUAAAAAUGUAUCGUACUUCUUUUAAUUUGAUUUCUGCUAUCUACCUAUACUUUCUUACCAGUGAUCAGUGGAAAGCAGAGAUCUGAUUUCAAAAUAACGAUUGAAAGUUUGACGACUAAGAAAUAAUAGAAUCUCAAAUGGAAGGCAUCUGUCCGAUUUGUAAUAAACGUGCGACGCUAAAAUGUAGUGGUUGUAAACAACAAUUUUACUGCAAGAAAGAGCAUCAGCGACGGGAUUGGCCUCGACAUAGGUCGGCUUGUCAAGCGUGGGAGAUUCGUGAGAACUCUGAACUCGGACGACAUUUGUUGGCAUCAAGGGACUUGAAUCCAGGCGACGUGAUUGUGUCAGAGUCGCCAUUGGUCUGGGGACCGGCAUUGCAUUCAGAUCAAAGAGUUUGCAUUGGUUGCGGGAAGCGGUGCAACAUUAGUAGUACGAUAUGCAUGAACUGUCUUUGGCCGUCAUGCGGUACCGAAUGUCCUAAUCUUACAUAUAAAAAUAGCCACGAUUCGGAAUGUCUCUUUCUUAUAAAAUCAAGAAUUAUUCCUAGAAGCGAUGUCCUUUUAGUAAUACGUAUGUUGUUAUUAUGGAGAAAAAAAUCAAAACGUUGGAGUUCCUUAGAAAAGUUACAGAGCCACGAAAAUCUUCGUGGUCCAGGAACGGAAGCGUACGAAGAAACGAUGAAUAUAAUUCAGUAUAUCGAACGUAUUUUACCAGAUUCAGCUAGUAAGGAUAUUGUACGCAAAAUUUGCGGUAUAAUAGAUGUCAACGCGUUGGACACUAUACCACCAGAGGGAUCCGUUGCGAUUUAUGAGAUAGCGUGUCUUUUGGAGCAUUCUUGUUUAGCUAAUACGAGGCACAGUUUUACAAUCGAUGACAAGGGUAGACCUCGAAUCAUGGUGAUAGCUGUCUGUCCUAUAAAAAAAGGGGAGCAUUUGAGUACGAUGUACACGCAUGCACUUUGGGCAACGAAGGAACGAAGAGCUCAUCUUUUGGAGACGAAAUACUUUUCCUGUCAUUGCAAACGAUGUGCCGACCCAACUGAAUUAGGAACGCAUCUUGGUUCCUUGAAAUGUCCCCAAGACAACGGCUUUAUUUUACCUAAGAAUCCACUAGAUUUUGAUUCUGAGUGGGGAUGCGACUCGUGUCCUGGGAUUCUUACUGCAGCGGAAGUAACGCAAUUUGUUGAGAAAAUGGAGGAGGAUGUCGAUGAUGUUAUGCGUCAAGCGAAAAAGGAUAAGAUGCUUAAUCUUUUAUCUCGGCUCACUACAUUGUUGCACCCUGGACAUCAACAGUGCAUCACUGUCAGUCAUUCAUUGAUUCAAUUACUGCCUGCAGACGAUCCAAAAAAGUCAGAAUUAUGCAAACGUAUCAUAGAAACUGUUAAAAUAUUGGAUCCCUAUGGUGUAAGAUUGGCAUUGUAUACUGUAGUCGCAUUGAGAGAAUUGUCUACUUGUUUAGGAGAAGAUAGGAAACGUUUGUUGCUAGAAGCAAUAUCCUUGCUGCAAUACGAGCCAAAGAAUUCACCCGGUGAAAAGCUCCGUAGGUUAAUAGAAACAGAAUUAUAA